UUUUAAAAAUUGCUUUGACUAUUGUAGGUUAGUCUUUUGCAGAUCUGUAAAUUUUAGGAUUAUCUUGUCAGUUUCUGUGAAAAGGUCUGCUGAGAUUUUUGUUUGGGAUUGGCUGCUGUGAGACUUUUUAAAAAGGGAAUUAGUGAGGCGUGGCUCUCAUUUCAUAUAGACAUUGAAGGACGUUCCCCUAAAGUGUGUGGCUGCAAGCUGGAGGUUGCUAACUUAAGUUUCAAGGUGAGGCAUGUAGGGAAAAGGAGUGGAGGAGCCAGGAAUGAGUAAGUAGUAGCUGAUCUCAGGCCAUGGUGGAGGAAUAGUAGGGCGCAGUGAGGUCUUGGACAAAUGAUGCCUCAAGCCCUGUGCAGGGGGACAGCUGCUUCUCAGUUCCACGCAUUGUUGCCUUAUCUUUCUGUCAAGAGAAGUUGGAGAUCCAGGUUUUUAUACAGUCUUCCAAUUCAAAAUGGAAGUGUAAAGCAUUGAGUGGGUCAGUAUCAUGUGGGUCAAACAGAAUUCUCUAAACGUGGCCCCUGACCUGCCAACCUGUGACCUCCGCCUUUGGCUACUCAUUCUUCGGUGCCCAUUUUCAUCCUCAGGAAGCAUGACGGCGUUGAAGACAGUCUCUAAAGUUCUUUCUAGUUCAUCGAUUCUAGAUUUCAAAAGAGGAAUAUAUCCUGGUUACUCAGGGGUUUAGGAGGUAGCUGAGAAUAUCAACAAUGAUGAUGAUACUUUGAGAAGUUGUGCAGAGCUUUCCAUUUUACACCCCACUGUCAUAUCUGUUCUCUCUUUUAAUCCUUACGUUGUCUUUGUGAAGUAGAUGGCAGAAUAAUUUCCCCAACCGCGUGGGAGCUUCAAGGCACACAGUCAGGUCUUCCAGUUCCGAAUGCAGUCCUCUUUCUCCCAUAACUCAGCAGUCUCUGAAGACUCUAGAACAGGCACUUUGGGAGGGAGAGCAGGUAUGGGAGGUUGUGGGAGGGCCUUAGGCUCAGGUGAAGGCAGGUGUCUAGCUAGAUUUAGAAACUUAGCUUGGUUGAAGUGUCAAGGCUUUUGGGAACAAGUUCAAGCCUUUGUGGGAAUGCUCUGAAGGCAGGAACCUUGGCAUGUAUUCAUCUUAGCAAGGCAGUGCUUGGCACAGUACCUAACACACACAGUUAAAAGUUUUUGUAUAAGUGAAUAAAUGGAUGGAUUGAUGGAAGAAGGAAUCAAAGGCUUGAGAUCAAGGGGGCCAAGAAUUUUGUCUAGAGAAUUUCAAGGACGGAGAGUCAAAUGCUUCUGGUCCAAUUUCAGAAGCUUCAGCAACUGCGCCUCACGCAGUAUCAUGGCGGGUCCUUACCGAACGUGAGCCAGCUGCGGAGCAGCGCAGCAGAGUUCCAGCCCUCCCUUCACCAGGCUGAUAGCGUGCGGGGGACCCGCCACCACGGGCUGGUAGAGAGGCCAUCCAGGACCCGCUUCCACCCUCUCCAUCGAAGGUCCGGGGACAAGCCAGGACGACAAUUUGAUGGUAGUACGUUCGGAGCCAGUUACUCCUCACAGCCCCUGGAUGAGAGUUGGCCAAGGCAGCAGCAUCCUUGGAAAGAAGAAAAGCACCCUGGAUUCAGGCUGACAUCUGCUCUUAACAGGACCAAUUCUGAUUCCGCUCUUCACACGAGUGCUCUGAGCGCCAAGCCCCAGGACCCCUAUGGAGGAGGGGGCCAGUCGGCCUGGCCUGCCCCAUACAUGGGUUUCUGUGAUGGUGAGAACGAUGUACAUGGGGAAGUGCUAUCUUUCCCGGGCCCAUUGAAAGAAGAGAAUCUGUUAAACGUUCCCAAGCCACUGCCAAAACAACUGUGGGAGACCAAGGAGAUUCAGUCCCUGUCAGGGCGCCCUCGAUCCUGUGAUGUUGGAGGCGGCAAUGGUUUUCCCCACAACGGUCAAAACAUAGGCCUCUCACCCUUUCUGGGGACCCUGAACACCGGGGGGUCAUUGCCAGAUCUAACCAACCUCCACUACUCUGCACCCGUGCCAGCCUCACUGGACACCAGUGACCACGUCUUUGGUAGUAUGAGUGUGGGGAAUAGUGUGAGCAACCUGCCAGCUGCUAUGACUCACCUGGGCAUAAGAAGCUCUUCUGGUCUGCAGGGUUCUCGGAGCAACCCCUCCAUCCAGGCCACGCUCAAUAAGACCGCACUCUCCUCCUCCCUGAACAGCCACCCGCAGACGUCCGCCCCCAGCGCCUCUGCUCUUCACCCUUCCCUCCGGCUCUUCUCCCUCAGCAACCCGUCUCUCUCCACCACAGCCCUGAGCGGCCCCUCCCGGCGGAGGCAGCCUCCCGUCAGCCCGCUCACGCUCUCUCCCGGCCCCGAAGCGCAGCAGGGUUUCAGCAGACAGCUCUCGGCCACCAGCCCUCUGAACCCCUAUCCUGCGGCGCAGAUGGUGUCCUCAGAUCGAAGCCCACUUUCCUUCCUGCCCACAGAAGCUCAAGCUCAAGUGUCCCCACCGCCCCCCUACCCCGCCCCCCAGGACCUCUCCCAGCCUCGCCUACAGCAGCCCCCUGCCCAGGAGCCUCCUGCUCAGCAGCCCCAGGCCGCCUCAUCCCUGCCUCCGUCCGGCUUCCCGCUCCUCACGGCCCAGGGUUCAUCUUUGACCAGCUUCUUCCCAGAUGUGAGCUUUGACCAGCAGUCCAUGAGGCCAGGCCCAGCCUUCCCUCAACAGGUGCCUCUGGUGCAGCAAGGUCUCCGAGAACCGCAGGACUCAUUUCAUCUGAGACCAAACCUGUAUUCCAACUGCGGGGGUUUCCCCAACGCCAUCCUGACAGAAGACUCGAGUACCAGCCUGUUCAAAGACCUCAGCAGUGCGCUGGCGGGCAUGCCCGAGGUCGGCCUGAACAUGGACACUCCAUUUCCAUUGGAAGAAGAGCUCCAGAUUGAACCCCUGAGCCUGGACGGACUCAACAUGUUAAGUGACUCCAGCAUGGGCCUGCUUGACCCCUCUGUGGAAGAGACGUUUCGAGCCGACCGACUGUGAGCAGAAUGGAAUGGGCCAGGAGCGUUUAUUGCUGCAGGAGCGGUGCUAGAAUGGCAGGGCACGGAGCCAGCUACACCCCCGGGGCUUGAGUGAUCUCGGGCUCCUGACACGGAAGGAGCCAAGUCCGUGGCUCCUAGCUCUCCGACGAGGCCCCAUCUCACACCCCAUGGCUCACUGCCGACAGCGGAGCUGUGCCCUGGCCCUCGGGCAAGCGGGCUGCUUUCGGAGCUUCCGAUGACUCCCUCGUCACCGGGACCAGGACACCCUUUCCUUGGCCGUCUAGUCCGUCGAUGUGUAAAAGUAGAGCAGAACCGUGGAACAGGCCGCGGUAGUGUUGUGAGGCGCUCAGAACCACUGAUCUUAGUCCACACUGAAGAGAGGGCCUGGCCUGCGAGGCAGGGAGGGGCUGCAGGCCUUCGGGAGUUGGCUCAGCUUCGAGCAGCGGUACCACAGCACCACGGUGUGUCCUCCGCUGCCGCCGGCCUGGCUCGGCAGCUGCCCGCCGCUGACCACACGUGCCAGGAUCGCCCAGGUGCCUUAAUUCCAGUAUGAAGAAUUUUUACCACGAUUUCAAGAACUGAUUUGAGUUAAGCAAACUGAACGCUCAUUUGUUUUCUCCCGAGUAUGUAAUCUCCUUUCUGCUGCUUCAGUACACCUUUUCCUGUGGACGAGGGGAAAGGAGGACCGUUUUAUUCAGUCACUGAAAAAAAAACAACCACCAGUCCCCCGGUGAUGGACGAGCCUGAAGAGGAAAGGGCUUCCUCUCGAUGGGGGUGGGGGGGGGUGGGGGGGUGGGGGGGUGGGAAGAGAGGGAAGAGAGGAAGGCCGUAGGUUUCUCGCAGACCCGCGAUGUCUUCCAGAUGAGCUCCAGACCAGCGUAGGCCUCCCUCUCCACAGGCCGGCUGCGGGGAUGCUGGGGUCCGGGUCAGACCCUCCGGCCGCCGAGCAGCGGCGGGGGGAGCUGUUUCUCUGUGCAGCAGGAGUGUUCAUGUAGCCCCGCUAGACCGGAAGCUCCUUGAGCGCAGGGACUGUGCCUUAUUCGCUACCAAACCCCAAGCGCCUAACAAGUGCGGGCACUGGGUAGGUGCUGUGUUACUGCGCCCUGAAGGCGUGAAUGAACAAACGGGAGAAACGAAUGAAUGAAUCUGCCUGGCUGCAAGGCAGUCUAAUCUUUAGCUAGCCCCAUUCCUUGCCAAAUCUCAGAGCUUUAGCUUUUCUAACACUUGUGCCUGUGGUUAAGCUAGGCAUGCACUUUAAUACGCUUCUAACACUAGGUGACCAACUCCACGGUGAGACCGGGCCCCCGUCUCCUCAAGGGCAUGCUCCAGAACAGGCGGGUGGAAACUGUCUUCUGAGUGCAUCCAGAAUGGCUGGGCACACUGAGGCCUCGGGGCUCCCAGCCAGGCCCCCACCUCAAAAGAUCUUCCCUUUCAGAUCUGUGUUUUGCUCUAAAUUGCUUUUAAAAGAGAUUCAUUCUUUGAGGUUGAAGAAAACAUCCACAGUAAAAUGAAGGCCUAAUUCGCGAAGCCAUCAUUAGUCAUUAUUAGUACCUUAGCGUAAAAUGGUAUGAUUGGCUUCCCACCGCUGCUUGCCUUCUCUGACUUAGCCCCUGACCAGACAUCUGCUGGGUGGGUUCGAAGAGCACCUCUGGGGAGGGGUCUGGGCAGUGGGGCAGGAUGUGGGCACGGGGAAGACAGGAGCGCUCAGGGAGAGAUGAAAGGCGCUGGAACUUUUGCCCAGACAGCCACUGCCCUUCCAGAAGACACCAGGAGUGUGGCUGAAGGUCACUAGACUCCCCUGCCCAAAGAAGCAAGGCUCUACCGCACAGGUCUGAAUCAGACGCGACGGCGCCCCACAGCAAGAAGAGUCUGGAACGGGAUUCUGGGCUCUUAACCUCUCCAGACCUCAUCCCGUUCCCGUCUGCAGAGGGAUCACUUUAUCUCCAGUCUCCCAAAGAACCCCGAUGGCACACCACUGCAGCUUCCUCUGGGGCCCAAGUCCUCAGCCUCACAGUAGCCCCGAAUCUCUGCUGUUGAAUCCAGCCGGGGUCCUCGCCUGAGCUCCAAGCCCUGGUCCCAGUGCAACUUUCAAAUCCCUUUAUCCUGAGGAUCUCGGGAGGGGCGUGACUCGUUCAAGUACAAGCCCGUUCCUUGUGGUGGUACACAGCUCCCCGGUGUGCCAAAGGAAGUCAGCUAGCUCCAUGCUGCCUUUCCUGGGUCGGAGGCCCCCCCAAAUCUGACCUGGCCUUUCACACAGGGAAGGGUGCUGAUGUUAGGAGUUUGGUUUUGUGUUUUUGUUUUUUUUUUUAAGUGGCCGUCUCAGCAUAACCCACUUGUUGCGCAGUGCCUUACCCGGGGUGGGGGUCCAGCUCUGUCUGCACAGCAGUCCUGCUUACAGCAGGGGGCCCGGGACCUUACGUGAUGAAGUACGCUGCCCCCGGGGCAGUCUCCCGGUGACUCGUGGAGAUGGAGGCUCCCGGGAACAGUGACUUGUCCAGGGGGAUUAUAAUGAUGACAAUAAGGUUUAGCACUGAAUUAAAUCUGUCCUUAGGUCCACCAGUCCAGUCUUUUCCUGUGAAAAGGUUUUGGGCAUUAUCCAACCCACUUUGCUUACAUGGCGUCAAGGACACCCGUGGGCAGGUGUCACUCUGACCCCCAGCGGGUACGUCUGCCUUCACGGCUACCUUUGCAACAAACCCGGCGUGGUCCUCGGCAUCUGAAGCGGCUACAUGCAUCAGAAUAAAUGAUCUUCCGCUCUUUAGUCUCGUGACAGGAAAUCGACGGCCGCACCACUGUCAUUUACUAAGCAGUUAAACAGUAUCGAACUAAAAACCUAUCUGUGUUCCAUUUUUUUUUUUUUUUUUUUUUUCUGUACCGUUGUGGUUUUUAGGACACACAGUGUUAGGAGAAAAUUUUUCUGAUCACGCCAAGACCACCAUAAAUUCUCCUCUGUCGUGUUUCAUCUCUCCUCAGUCUACUGUACAGUAGCCGAGCUGAAGCCCUGUGUACGCUAGCCCGUAUUCCAGCCCGCGUACCCGACGCUGUCCCCGGCUCGCUCUCCUUGGCUCCGUUACGCACAGGUGGUUCCUUCGCUCCGCGGUGGGACCGUCACGGCAACUAAUCAGACUUCCCGCCAGUGUCCUAACUCCCGGGUCCCUUGUUAAAAAAAUAUUUAAAGAUUGGAAUUUGUAUAAAGUCGCUUCCAAGUUUUAUAAUACGUCGUUUUACAUCUUUCGUAAUUAAAAGCAGCACAGUAAGGUCGUA